ACGUGGCCCUCAAUGCGCUAUCAGCCUGCUAAACAAUGGCUUAGUCGAGCUGUUACCCGUGAGAGAUCUUUCCGAAUGACGGACCUAUAUAGUUGCAUAAUUGUUGACUAUUUCAUCUCUUCAAUGCCGCUGAAGAGGCCCCGUAUUCUUUAAGAUAUACAUUAGUUGGAGACUACAUUUCUGGGGUGAAAAGGACUCUGCAAGCCAAACUACGUCUCAUUAACCGAUGGCAAUAAACACUAGUAAUGAGGACUGGAGAGAGGUAGGCAAUAAUGAUUCAGGAGAGCGAGCGUGGCUUUUGCAGAGCCCCAGCGUGGACUCUGCAGAGCAUCUUGAGUUGGAGAGAAGGCCCGACGGAGGAGUGUCGUCCUGGGGAGCAGUCUUCAUCGUGGUGAACGCAGCUUUGGGAGCAGGUCUGCUUAACUUUCCAGCAGCCUUUAAUAUGGCUGGAGGAGUCACGGCGGGAGUGAUUCUUCAAAUGUUUAUGCUGAUCUUCAUCAUCAGUGGGCUAGUGAUCUUAGGCUACUGCUCCCAGGUCAGCAACGAGAGCACCUAUCAGGAAGUUGUUCGAGCCACUUGUGGAAAAGUCACAGGAGUCCUGUGUGAGAUUGCCAUCGCCGUUUACACCUUUGGCACAUGCAUCGCUUUCUUCAUCGUAAUUGGAGACCAGCUGGAUCGUUUGAUUGCUGGUGUGGCUCACAAGGGAGAUGAUGCCGUCACCAACUAUUGGUACACCGACCGCAAGUUUACCAUCGUUGUCACCGCAGUCUUGGUCAUUCUCCCUUUGUCCAUCCCCAAAGAGAUUGGAUUCCAAAAAUAUGCCAGUGCUCUAAGUGUGAUGGGAACCUGGUAUGUUACCACAGUAGUGAUCGUUAAAUACAUCUGGCCUGAUAAGGAGUUUAUGCCAGGAGUUUUUCCCACCAGUUCUGCGUCAUGGACUGCAGUGUUCAAUGCAAUGCCCACCAUAUGCUUUGGUUUCCAGUGCCACGUCAGCUGUGUGCCCGUAUUCAACGGCAUGAGCAAAAGAGCCAUCAAACCUUGGGGAGUUGUUGUUACUUUCAGCAUGAUCAUCUGCCUCUUUGUUUACACGGGUACAGGUGUCUGUGGCUUCCUAACGUUUGGCUCCACUGUCAGCCAGGAUGUGCUGAUGUCAUAUCCUUCUGAUGACAUCGCCGUGGCCAUCGCCAGAGCCUUCAUUGUGGUCUGCGUGGUCACAUCCUACCCUAUUUUACAUUUCUGUGGCAGGGCAGUCAUAGAGGGUCUGUGGUUGCGCUUGCAAGGCGAGCAGGUGGAGGUGUGCGUGCGGCGUGAGCAGAAGCGGAGGAUCCUGCAGACGCUCCUGUGGUUCUUCGUCACUCUCAUUCUUGCACUCUUCAUCCCCGACAUCGGCCGCGUCAUUUCGCUCAUUGGAGGAUUGGCGGCCUGCUUUAUAUUUGUCUUUCCAGGUAUGUGUUUAAUGCAAGUCAAACUGUCAGAAACAGAUCGUCGAACUAGCAGCUGGCACGGACAGUUGGUGCUUGGCAUCGUCAUGGUUACGCUGGGAGCGUUCAUCUUUGGCCUCACUACAACAAACUCCAUCUAUCAGGACAUUAUCCGCUAAAAGGAACAUUUGUUUAUCCAGCGCUGCUUUUGGGAACAUGGAUGCUUCUUAUGAUCCACGUCAUUGCACAUCUGUACUUUAGGACAAGGAGUAAAGUGAAGACACUCUGGACACUUUUUUCUUUUGAGGGUCAUGUUUAAAAAUUGUAUGGUUUUUUUUCAAAGUGCUGAUUUAUACCUGCAACUGAAGCGGUUUUGUGAAUGCAGUCACCCCACAGCAACUUAGGCUGUGGUUCCUUACUAGUUAAUCAUUCCUAAAAAGGGACUCUGUAUUGAAGACUUUUUUUUAAUGGAAUUGAACCAAUUGUAUAUAUUGCAUGUCAAAGUGGAUGUUUAUCCUUCAGGAACAAGUGUAGUAAUCACAGGUCCAUCUAAAUACGGUCCAAGUUGAAAUCACGUAAGAGUUAAAUGCAUCAUGGUAUUGUUUUAACUUGGUUAGGUGCUUCCAAGCAAACAUCAAUGUGCAGGGUCGAUACCUUGAUGCAAUCAGAAGUGCUGUGCAGGACAAGCACAAUGUCAGACCAAUAUUGGCUUGAUAAUGUUACUGUGACAAAACAAAAUGUUAACAUUUAAGAAGCCAUUAAUGUACAAGAUAGUUUCUCGGUGUACAAAAUAUUUGUGUGAAGGCUCAAACCAAAGUGGGACGCUUUUGUCUUGAGCUCCUCUUUCAACUCAACACUACAGCAUUCAUGUUGGAUUUUUUAAAGCAAUAUUUGUCUUGGGACUGACAAGGGAACUUAUGUCUUUUAAAUCACAUUUAAAAAGGGAAUCAUUUUCAUGGUUUGAAUUUUAAACAUUGGUGUCAAAUUGAUUUUUUUUUUGUCCCUUUGGUGCUGCAGUCUACUGUUUAUUGAAUUAAAUUAAUAAAUAGCUGCAUUUA